AUGAUACAGAGGGUCUUUGUAUCAUUUCUUUAUUUCCUAGCGGCAAUAGCUGAAGGACUCUUCGUUGCCGAUGAUGCGACUGAAUUAACAUCAUUGACAGAAGUUCAGAAAACCCCUGAACAAAAUCAACGAUCAACAGGAAUACCAACACAACAUAUUAGCCAUAUCAAUUUCUCCGUUGAUCAGACUCUUUCAGAAUUGGAAAGUUUAGUAGCGUCUACCACCACGUCUGUGGUGGAGCUACCCGAGGAGUUUGAUGAAGCAAUGGAGAUGAAUGAUUCAUAUUUGCAAAAUCGCCUGGAAGGAGAAGUAACAUUAGAUACUGAUAUUUCGAAUAAUGCUUCUUCUAUAAAAAAUCAUGCCGAUAUUGGGGAGUUGAAUCUCACGGAUCCAUCUAAUAGUUUAGUAGUCAACUUGUCUCGAAAUGCGUCGAUGAUUCUUGAUCAAGAUAUUAAAGAUGAAAAAGGGGAAGAAACGGAUCUCAGUUCGAACUUUUUAUCAUUUGAAGAAUGGGUCCAAAAGAAAGCUAAUGGCGGGCAAGAGAAACGGAUGAGUAACCCAAGUAUCAAAACUCUUGGUAAUUCCCACCGCACCGCGGCUGGUGAUCGUGAACUGGAGUACUCCAUUGGAGAAGAAAAUGAAAUCGAUUUUGAUUUAUUUACCCCUAAACAGCUUGCGGACCUAUCAAAGGAAAAUUACAAAAACCGUUUCAACUUUGCAUCAUUGGAUUGUGCGGCGACUAUUGUUAAAACCAACCAGGGAGCCCGGGGAGCCUCUUCUAUAUUGAUGGAGAACAAAGAAUCUUACUUAUUGAACCAAUGCAACGUCAAUGAAAAUUUCAUAAUUAUUGAACUAUGUGAGGACAUUUUAAUUGAUACAAUUACCAUGGGUAACUAUGAGUUUUUCAGUUCCAUUUUCAAGACUUUGGAGUUUUAUGUGUCAGAUAGAUAUCCGGUAUCUCUAUCGGAAUGGAAGCUGUUGGGACGUUUUGACGCCAAAAACAUUAGAGACAUCCAAUCUUUUUCCAUUGAAAACCCGUUGAUUUGGGCUAGAUAUCUCAAGAUCGAAAUCAAAUCGCAUUAUGGUAAUGAAUUUUAUUGUCCGGUUUCCAUCGUGAGAGUCCAUGGGAGAACCAUGAUGGAAGAAUAUAAGUUGAAAGAAUCGGGGGAAAAAAAUGAGGCCAAAAAACAAAUAUUAAAUAAAGACAACGAAGGAUCAGAGUCUAUGGGAGUGGAUAAUAACAACAUUCAACAACGCAUGGACCUGGCAGCGAAUGACAAACUUGAUGAUUUACAGUCUGGCUCUGGUCAACAAUAUCGAGACGCUGGCGAAACGAUAAGAAAGAAAGAUACCUCGGCCUUCUCCACAAAUAUCCCUAAAGAUGAUAACUCAACUCAAUGUACUGAAAAUAAAAUGUACAAUGGGUUUGAGAAAUUUUUGGCAGAAUUGAAACGUAAUGAAUCUUGUGAACCAGCAGACUUAUUAGAAAGUUCAACCGCAGCAAAUAAAGCGGCAGUGAUGGCACUUAAACUAGCUAACAGUAGUAAUAGCGGCACUUUUAGACCAUCCACCAGUGUCAAGAGAUCAGAACCGCUGUCCCAAGAAUCCAUCUACAAAAACAUCAUGAAUCGUCUUUCGUUACUUGAAUCUAACGCCAGUUUGUCGUUGUUGUAUAUUGAAGAACAAAGCAAGUUGCUAGGUGAAGCAUUUUCAAAACUUGAAAAGAAACAAUCUUCAAGAUUUAAUAUGUUGGUGUACGCCAUUAAUGAGACGUUCCAAAGUCAAAUGAAUGAUUUUAAAACCACUUUCCAGAUAUUCAAAAAAGAAUCAACCCUGCUACUAUCGGAGCAAGAAGCAACUAACCAAAUGACAUAUCAGAAAAUUGACAGAAAUUUCAGCAUCAUGAGCAAUGAGCUCCAAUUCCAAAAAAGGAUUGUUAUUUUAUUAUUCGUUAUCGUUGUUUGUUUGUUAAUUUAUAUCAUCUUAACCCGUGACACUUUUAUUGAAGGUGAGUAUCUUGACGAAGUCUUAGACAAGGAGGUCGCUAGGUACAGAUACUUGAAUAAUGAUGACAGCGCUAUUAGUAUCAAUGACGAUAGUUCGUUAAUGAAGAAUGAUGGUGCCAAUCCUGGCCUGCCAAAUGUCAAUGAUUCGCCGAUAUUUUUGAGUAGUCCACAAUUCACUAGCUUUGUAUCGACACAAACCCUUCCGACGAUGCGGAAAGUGAAAAGCAAUGAUGAAUACUCACCAGUUACUUCAACGCCAACUCACAGUCCCCUGUUCAAGCGUCGUUUGAAGUUGAAAAUCACUAAUAAGUUAGGAACGUCUGCCUCUUCGACAAUUUUGCUUGAUGACGGAUACGGUCACCGGAAAACCUCUAGCAGUAGCAGUAUUCUCAGUGGGUUGAUGGACUCUGUCAACUACUCCGGCAAUAAUGAAAACCACCAGAUAUCACAGACGGGUGAAUCCAAGAGUCUCUCAAAUUUACGAACCCAGGUCCAUCAAUACAAUAGUGAUACUAAUGAUGGCAAAGCAAGACCACUAACUCCUGAUGCUAGUGAUACUGAGCGGUAG